CAGGGUUGCGUGCAGGGUUGCAUAAACUGGACGUGCAGUGUUGAGAAAUUCAUUACAACAAAAUGAGUACCAAGUAUAUUAACGAAUUUAUGGAUAUAUCGUACAGUAGUAUUAAUUAUAAUCUUAAGAAUAAUUAAUACAUAACGUCAAUACAAAUCUCUUAAAUAUUAUUGUGUACAUGGCGACAACGCGAGGUAUAACGCGUUAAACGCACGCAUCAUUGUGUUCACAUCUGCCCGUUGCAACACUGACUGAGAGAAAUAUUAUCAUUUAACAAAACUGCAAAAUCAGCGACGACCGGAUGAAACAGCUGUUGAAAAUGUCUUGGCAAACCGGCUUAAUAAAAACUAUUUUAGAUCCAACUAAUUUAAUUAUAUCGACGGACGUUGCAGUAGUCAUUGCGGACAAAUACCCAAAAGCACGCCAUCAUUAUCUUGUGCUUCCCAAAGAAGAUAUUGCCAGCAUAUUUCAUUUGAAUAAGAAGCAUUUGCCAUUAUUGGAAGAACUUCAUCUACUGGCACGAAAUAUAAUUGAAGUGCGCGGCGAGUGCUUUAACAGUUUCCAAAUUGGCUUUCAUGCACAGCCGAGUAUGCAACGGUUGCAUUUACACGUAAUAUCAAAGGACUUUGUCUCUAGUUGGCUAAAGACAAAAAAACAUUGGAAUAGCUUCAAUACGGCGUUUUUCAUACCAUACAAAACACUCUAUGAGAAACUUAGACACGACGACCCAAUACAGCGUUUGCCCAAAGGAAAAGUGGAUGAGCUGCUAGCCAAGCCAUUAGCAUGUAAUCAGUGUGAAUUUGUUGGCAAAAAUAUACCUUCGCUCAAGGAGCACCUGCUGCAGCACGAAAUGAGUAAUCGUAUUGAAUCAGCUAAAGAACUCUUGAAGCUAAAGGCGAAAUCGGAGAAAGCUCUGAUCGAAACAGAUCAGGCGGUGGUUCUGAAGGACGCUUAUCCUAAGGCUCAAUAUCACUUUUUAGUUGUGUCCAAGGAAGACAUACCGAAUUUGUCCGCUCUAACGCAAGAGCAUUUACCGCUCUUGGAUCAUAUGAAGGAACUGUCAGUUCAAAUAAUUGAGCAGCAGCAAAAUGUUUCACUGAAAAACUUUCUGAUUGGUUUCAAAAUCGAUCCAUUUAUGAAGGGCUUGAAAAUGCACGUCAUAUCAGAUGAUUUCUAUUCGAAGUCUAUGCGUCGAAUAAGCCAUUGGAACAGCUUCAAUACAGAAUUAUUUUUGACUUAUCAGACUGUUUACGCCCUGAUUCGUGUCCAAGGCCACAUAGAGCCCAUUCUGGCUGAAAAAGCUAAGGAACUGCGCAGUGCUUUGCCCUUGCGUUGCAAUCAAUGCAGUUUCGAAACUGAAUAUUUGCUCGAGCUAAAGGGACACCUGCUUGAGCAUUGGAAAAAACGAGAAGUUAACAAAGUGGAGCAGCAAGUGGAAGUUGUUAUUCGCAUGCUGGACGAAACCAAAUUGGCAACUUUACCUAAGAAAGAGCUAGAUAAAUCAGCUGUACCACUAAAUCAGUCAAAGUCGAAUCAAGCAAUGGAGUCAGCUUAUCAUGAACGAGUGACGGCCGCCAAUCCAUUUAAAGUCACAAUCCCAGCAACUAACAAGAAGCCACCAAACUGCCGUCGAAACAUGGGAUACCAACCGCCAGAGACAAGUGCAGCUCAACAUCCCAAUGCAUUUAAUAAGCAAUACUAUAAACCAUAUCACCCGAUGGGCAGUACAAAUCCCAAUUUCAAACCAUUGCCCAUUGGACAACCAAAUAAACACAAUAUAAACACCUCGGGACCAUAUUCGUAUCCAACCAAUUUUCAGCCCCUAAAAAAUGUAGCCAAAAAUAAGAAUUUCCCUAAGCCACAAAACUUGGAUGGUCAACAAAAUCCAUCCUUGAAUAAACCAAAGCCAGAGUUCAAGAAAAAAAAUUAUAAAAAAAAUCAAUCUGAUGUCUCUUCCAAGUCCAAAGGGCAGAAUGGGGGACAGUCAUCGUAAAAGAAAUGUUUUAUGAAACAAACUGAAAACUCUCUUGAGUCCAAAGGAUUUCUAGACACUUCCUGGAUUAUUUUUUA